AUGCCCACGGCGGUUGGUGGAUGUGAAGUCACCACUCUACUGCGCCAGCUGUGCGGGGGGGAUGGUGUAGGGCAUAGGAAUGAACGCGUGCUCGGCGUGAAGAAUGCGCAGCUGGUGUGCGUCAACGGUGGCAGUCCGCGCCAGCCCAGCACUCCGCAACUGUUGCGGAUACUAGAAGAAACAAUCCAGAAGAAGACACCGCGUCCUCUAUACCCGCCCACGAGCAAAGACAUGGAGAAGUACCGCAUGCUGCUGUGCACGCCGGACGCGGUGGCGGAGCGCCUGCACGCCUACCGCACCAAGUUCGUGCAGCACAUGCUCGCCAGCUGCAUGUACGCGAACAGCGCCGUCGGGAAGCCCUGGGAGGUGAUCGGCAGGGUGUCGGAGCAGCUGAUAGAUGACGUCAUUCUCAGCUGUGCCCAAGAAAUGGAAGUACAGGAGUAUAUCCAGAAGAUGUACCAGAGUGAAACGCGUUGAUCGCACUAGAUAAUGUGUUUUUUUUAU